AUGUCAAACAUUCGAUUUGAUUUUAUCAAUGAAAAUAAAGAAGCACGUCAAAAAGAAAGAUCACAGUUGAGGACAUCAAGGAGGGUGCAGUCUUUAGCAAAAAGGAGAACAGAAUAUCAAUCACAAGUUCAAGAAGAGUCAAAAAUGGAAGAAGGUGAUGAGGAUGAUUUUUUGGUUCGAGGAACAGGGAAAUUACAACGUCAAACACAAACAAUAGAAUCACCAAGUGCACGUCGGCAACAUACCAGAUCUAUUUCUUAUUUUGCUAAUUCUUUGGUUGAAUCACAAAACAUUCCAGAAAGAGUGAAAGAGUUAUUAGAACAACUUUUUCAGGGGAUAAAAUUAAACGGAUACACAAGUUACAAAGUUAUUGAAGCAACAGGAAUUAUUCCAGUUCUUGUCAAUUUCAUUAACCAUCCAAACUCAUCAAUUUCUGCACUUUCUCUUGAGAUAAUCAAUCUACUUCUACUUGAGUCGUCAGAUUUUGUCACUGGAUUUAUUAAUGAAAAGAUAGUCUAUGCCCUUUCACAUAAAAUAGAAACUGCACCAACUGAACUAAGAAUUACAAUUGUUACACUAAUUGGAAAUAUCGCUGGUGAUCGUGCAGAAACAAGAGAUUAUCUCCUUGGAGAAAAUGUUGUAAACUUGAUUCAAAAAUUAGUUAGUAUGUAUAAUAAUGUAACACCAAUGAAAGAAAGAUUAAUGUUUUUGAUUUCAAAUUUAUGUCGAAGUCAACCAUUUGUAGAUUUAGAGAAAGUACAAAUGUUACUUCCUUACAUUUUUUCUUCAAUCAAACAAAAGACAUUUGAUAAAAUUAUGGCUGAUGCACUUUGGGGAUUUUCUUUUAUAGUUUCUAACCCACAAAAUAUUUGUAAAUUUCAGGAUUUUGAACUUUUAGAAACUAUUCUUUCGUGUUUGUCAACUACAAAUAACGAUAUUAUUGGUGCUAUAUUAGCUGUAUUAGUUAGUUAUAUUGACAAUGAUAUUUCUUGUGCGAAUUGGUUAAUUGAACAUAAUGUAAUAAAUUAUUUAAAUACCAUUAUCCAUUCACAAUGUAAUAGUAAAACAAAAGUUCAUGCAGCUUUUGUAUUAUCUGAGCUAGUUCUUAUACCAAAUACAAAAGUAGUACCAACAUUAAUAUCAAGUGUUUUUGUUGACUUACCACCUUUAAUUAGUAGUAACUAUAAUGAUUUUGAAUUUAAAAAAGAAAUUGGAUGGCUUGUAACAAAUUGUAUUUUAUCAAUUAAAUCACCAAAAGAUUUACUUACAUUAUUAUCUAUUAAAGACUUUUAUUUAAUGUUCAUGCUAUUCUUUGAUGAUGACAAUACAAAAUUUAUUACUCAACUUCUUAGUUGUGUGUUUAUUCUUUCUGAAUUUGAUCAGAAAACAAAUUUUUGUCAUCAUAUUAUUGAUAAUUUACAAGAAAGAAAUCUUGACAAUAUUCUUUCCUCAUUUGAACUCUCUAAAUUCUCUUCAAAUUCUUUAGUUCUUGAACAACUAAAUAAAAUUAAAAAAUCAAUGAAGUAUGUAACAUCUUCAUUAUUUUAA